AUGAGGCUCAGACAUAUUGAGAAUCACAUUGAGCAGCAGCUUGCACUCGCGGAAAUUAUAUCUCACUCUUACGAAAACCUUAUUAAAAAUGGAACCGAAAGUAUAACUCCGCAACGAGUAAAAACACGUCUUUCAAUUCUUAAAGAGAAUUGGGAACAGUUUUCUUUGGAACAUAAAGCUAUUAACCUAGCGGUCUCAGAGCUUACAGAAUUGGAUAAGAAUGCUAUAAAAGUUAAUCCUUAUUUUAUCAAAAAUCUGUUCAUCUCAACACACGAAUGUUAUUCGGAGUCUAUUGAAAAAUUAAGUUUAUUGCUUGAACCAGAUCAAGGAAAUAUGCCUAGAACAUCGUCUUCUCAAUCUAUAUCGCUAACGUCUUUCAUUCCGUCAACCAACACAUCUACGUCGACGUCUUCCGCGACGCUUACUUGUCAUCACCGGACACGGCUUCCGCGACUAGAUUUGCCUAAAUUUAAUGGUACCCGAUCUGAUUGGUUAAACUUUAAAGGUUUAUUUUGUUCCCUAGUAUUAGAUAAUCCGACUUUAAGUCUAGUUGAAAAACUACAGUAUUUAAAAUUAAGUCUAAUUGGCCCUCCUGCACUCUUGUUGAAAAACACCUCCUUAGUCGCGGAAAAUUUUCAAAAAGCCUGGGACUCGCUAGUUGCUUAUUAUGAAAAUACAAGAUUAUUAUUGGACUCUGCUUUACAAUCUUUAUUCGAUAUUAAACGCAUGACGAAGGAGUCGGCCGGUGAGUUAGAAAAAUUGUAUACUCAUGUGACUCAAAUCUAUAGAACUUUAGAGACAUUACAGAGACCAGUUUCUUAUUGGGAUGAUUUCCUAGUAUUUCUCGUUGUACAAAAACUUGAUUCCGAAUCGUUAAAACUUUGGGAACAACAUCUAGGUUCACGGAAAGAUCCCCCCACGUGGAAGGAGCUUUACGAUUUUCUUGUUGCCCGCUUGCUUACGUUAAAAGCAUGCGAGAAAAAACAAACGACGAAAAACGUCUCUUCGCCGGUUCAGAGUUUCUUACGUUCCCACUAUCAAGGAAAAUCAAAAAACAUCACGACUCCCAAUGUUAAAUGCCCUAUUUGUUCUGAGAUCCAUUAUGUAGUGGCCUGUCCCACUUAUUCGUUAAAGACUGUCCAACAGCGACUAGCCCUUAUUUCUAAGCAUAAAUUGUGCUUCAACUGUUUGGGAUCUCAUCGGUCAGCCGAAUGCUGUAACGUGAAACGUUGUCGGAAAUGUGGUGCUAAACAUCACACGUCAAUUCAUCCAGGAAAAUCUCAAGAUACCAAGACUAUCACACCCGCAUUGAAAUCCAAGGACAUCGAUGUUGUUAAAGCUACAACGGCAGUAGUUAAGAUUCUUUCUCACAAAGGAGAAAACUUUAAUGCAAGAAUACUCAUCGAUCAAGGAUCUGAGAUAUCCCUUAUCACGGAACGUCUUGUACAACGACUUAGGUUACCACGGAAUCAUUCUCGUUUACUUAUUAUCGGAAUUGGAGAAAAACCUAAUGCAUCUAAAGGUCAAACUUCGUUUACACUAAAACCUUGUUACAACUCAGCCUUUAAAUGUACCGUGUCUGCUCAUAUUUUGCCAAAGAUCACUGACUUUAUCCCGUCGUUGGUUGUUGAGAAUCAGGGUUGGACACAUUUAAAAGGAUUACAGUUAGCAGAUCCAAAUUAUCUGUCACCAGGUCCAGUAGACAUACUAGUAGGAGCAGAUACUUAUGGAAAAAUUAUCGACAAAGGUCUUAUUAAAGGUCCUUCGGAUACUCCCAUUGCGCAGCUUACAAAAUUUGGAUGGAUAAUUUCAGGACCUUCGCAAUCGAAUUUGAAAACAGUAAAUACACGUGGUUUUCACGUCUUUGUCGAGGAAAAUCUCUACAAUCUUCUCCAUCGGUUUUGGGAAUUCGAAGAAAUUCCGUCAACGAAAGUUUCAACCCUUUCCGCUGAGGAACAAGCGUGUGAAAACCAUUUUAAAUCUACCCACACUAGAGACAGAGAUGGAAGAUAUAUAGUGAGACUGCCCUUUAAAUUAUCGACUGAAAAACUUGGAGAUUCUCAAACGAAAGCUGUUCGACUAGUUAAAAGAUUAUUUAGUCAAUUUAAAACUAAUAAGGAUUAUGCAUCUGCUUAUUCAGAGUUCAUUGCGGAAUACGAACGUCUAAAUCACAUGCAACUAUGGUCAACACCUGAUUCAGACUACUUAUCCUAUUAUCUUCCACACCACGGGGUAUGGAGAGAGCAAAGUAUCACUACCAAACUACGAGUAGUGUUUAAUGCUUCGAGUCCAUCUUCUUCGGGAUAUUCACUUAAUGACUUACUUCAUACCGGUCCUAAACUACAAACUGAUUUGUUUGAUGUACUCAUAUAUUUUCGAUUAUUCCGUUAUGUCUUCUCCACUGACAUAGAAAAGAUGUUUCGUCAAGUGAAGAUGCAUCCUGAUGAUUGGAGAUUUCAACUCACAUAUGGAUUAGCUUGUGCUCCAUAUCUAGCAUUACGCACUUUACAACAGCUUGCAGAAGACGAAGAUUCACGUUUUCCUCUAGCGAUUACAUCCUUAACAAAGGGACGUUAUGUAGAUGACAUUUUUGGAGGAGCUGACUCGAUUGAGCAAACUAAGGAAAUCGUUACUCAACUUAACCAACUUUGCAUGGCGGGCGGCUUUAACCUUCAAAAAUGGUCAAGCAAUCAAGUAGAAGUAUUAACCGAGAUCCCUGAAAAGAAUCGGAUUGCACAUUUUGCGGUUAAUAUCAAAGAUAACGUAGCUGUAAAGACUCUCGGUUUACAUUGGAUAACAACAACGGAUACCUUUCAAUUCACCUUUAAUCUUUCAAUUCCGGACGUUAUUACAAAAAGAGUUAUUCUAUCCAACAUUGCUAAGUUAUUCGAUCCUCUGGGGUUUCUCGCACCUGUAAUUAUUACUGCAAAGAUUUUCAUUCAACAGCUCUGGUCAAAUAAAUUAGGUUGGGAUGAUCCUUUACCAGAAGCCCUAGCAUUAAAGUGGACGAAUUUUGUAAUGAGUCUCCAAGACACUCCUCGUCUUACGUUCCCAAGAUGGAUCGGAUACAUGUCUGAUCUAAAAAUUGAGUUACACGGAUUUUGUGACGCGUCUCAACAAGCAGUGGCAGCGGUUGUUUACAUACGAACUGAAAAUCAAAAUAGAGAAAUAAAAACUGCGUUAUUAUGCUCGAAAACAAAGGUAGCUCCAUUGAAAAAGUUGACGAUACCUCGUUUGGAAUUAACAGGAGCAGUGUUACUAACCAAGUUAGUUUCACAUGUGUUAAAAGUACUAAAUCUAAAAAACGUGCCUCUUCUCCUGUGGACUGAUUCCACAAUCACCUACACGUGGCUGAAUCACCACCCUUAUCGUUGGAAGGAUUUUGUUCAUAAUCGAGUCUGUUACGUACAAGAAGUUUUGACUCAAGCAGUAUGGAAAUUUGUCCCAGGAGUUGAGAAUCCAGCAGAUCUUGCCACACGAGGUUUAACCCCCAACCAACUGUCACAGAUGUCGUCAUGGUGGACAGGACCACACUGGCUCACUUUAUCACCUUCAAGUUGGCCCACGGUAGUUCCAUCACAUUCUUUCGAAAAAGGGUCCUUGGAAGAAAGACCUACUAAAGUGACCUCAUAUACUAUCAACACUGUUCACUUGUGGGAUCUAAUAAACCGAUACUCUAGUUUAAUGAAAUUGUUACGAAUCACAGCAGUGGAAGCUACAAUGAAUUCAAGACCUUUUAGCGCACUCUCUGAAGAUCCCGAAGAUCUUAACGCUUUGACUCCUGGACAUUUUAUCAUGGGUUGUGCACCAUCCUUGAUUCCUGAACCAUCGCUGGAAACCGUGAAAUUGUCACAUCUUUCGAGAUGGCAACUCAUCCGUCAAAUGUUGGACAGUUUCUGGACUCGGUGGUCGAAAGAAUGUCUCCAACGUUACUACGCACGAUACAAAUGGAACAAAGUAGUUCCAUCCUUGACUGUUGGGAAUUUAGUUCUCGUAGUUGAUGAACGGUACCCACCAGCGAAAUGGCCAUUAGGACGCAUUAUUCAAACUCAUGAGGGUAAAGACGGUCUAACUCGAGUUGUCACUGUACGUACUCAGACAUCUAUUUUAAAGAGGCCUAUCGUGAAGGUGUGCCCACUACCGAUAGACGUACCCACUCUGUAA